AUGUGGAGGGCAGGAGGACAGUGUGUUUUGUACCACAGUAUUGUACAAGGGGCCAAGUUCUCUUCAUCAGGUGAAAACCUUGAAGACUUUGAUGUUGAAGAAGAAGAUGAAGAAGCUCUGAUAGAGCAGAGAAGGUUACAGAGACAAGCAAUUGUACAGAAAUACAAGUACUUAAAUGAAGACAGUAACAUGUCCGUGCCAUCUGAACCAAGCAGUCCGCAGAGCAGUACUCGAAGUCGCUCAAACUCACCAGAUGAUAUUCUCGAACGAGUAGCUGCUGACGUUAAAGAGUAUGAACGAGAAAAUGUGGACACUUUUGAGGCUUCAGUGAAGGCUAAGCACAACCUUAUGACUGUUGAACAAAAUAAUGGUUCAUCUCAGAAGAAAAUCACAGCUCCUGACAUGUUUACAGAAUCGGAUGAUAUGUUUGCUGCAUAUUUUGAUAGUGCACGUCUUAGAGCUGCUGGUAUUGGAAAAGACUUCAAAGAAAACCCCAAUCUCAGGGACAACUGGACAGAUGCUGAGGGGUAUUAUCGUGUUAACAUUGGUGAAGUUCUAGAUAAACGUUAUAAUGUAUAUGGUUAUACAGGCCAAGGAGUUUUCAGUAAUGUGGUGCGAGCCAGAGAUAUGGCAAGAGCAAACCAAGAAGUGGCUGUCAAAAUUAUUAGAAACAAUGAGCUUAUGCAAAAAACUGGUUUAAAAGAAUUGGAAUUUUUGAAGAAGCUUAAUGAUGCAGAUCCUGAUGACAAAUUUCAUUGUCUUCGAUUAUUCCGCCAUUUUUAUCACAAGCAGCAUCUCUGUCUUGUAUUUGAACCACUGAGCAUGAAUUUACGUGAGGUAUUAAAGAAGUAUGGAAAAGAUGUUGGUCUCCACAUAAAGGCUGUACGAUCCUAUAGUCAGCAGUUGUUCCUGGCACUUAAACUUCUUAAAAGAUGCAAUAUAUUGCAUGCUGAUAUCAAACCGGACAAUAUUUUAGUGAAUGAGUCUAAAACCAUUUUAAAACUUUGUGACUUUGGAUCGGCGUCACAUGUUGCUGAUAAUGACAUUACACCAUAUCUUGUCAGUCGAUUUUAUCGUGCUCCUGAAAUUAUUAUAGGCAAAAUCUAUGACUACGGUAUAGAUAUGUGGUCUGUAGGCUGUACCUUAUAUGAACUUUACACAGGAAAAAUUUUGUUUCCUGGGAAAACCAAUAACCAUAUGUUGAAACUUGCAAUGGACCUCAAAGGAAAGAUGCCAAACAAGAUGAUUCGAAAAGGGGUAUUCAAAGAUCAACACUUCGAUCAAAAUCUUAAUUUCAUGUACAUAGAGGUAGAUAAAGUAACGGAAAGGGAAAAAGUCACUGUCAUGAGCACCAUAAAUCCAACAAAGGACUUGCUAGCAGAUUUAAUUGGGUGCCAGCGCCUUCCUGAAGAUCAGCGCAAAAAGGUUCACCAACUGAAGGACUUGUUGGACCAGAUCCUCAUGUUAGAUCCUGCUAAGCGGAUUAGUAUCAACCAGGCACUGCAGCAUGCCUUCAUCCAGGAGAAAAUUUAAAUCCAGUGAAGAUAUUUAAAGGGUUUGAAUAGUUAAUAUACAAAGACUGAUGAAAUUUCACAGCAGUUGAUAAGUGUACAUAUAACAUAUAAAUAAGUUCCUGCAAAUUUGAGGAAGAAUGAUAUAUUUGAAUUAAAACGAAGGCGGAUAUUUCUUUUAGAAAUGUUAGAGUAAAUCUGUCUCUUAUGUGAAGAUCUUUUCACUGUAGAACUGUUUUAAUUGCCAUGACUGCACAGAAGUACAAUGCUAAUGUAUAUGGUUGCAGUUCUAUAAUAUUAUAUAUAUAUAUAAAUAUAAAUACAUUCACAUACACACAAAUACAGACACACAUGAACACUUGUCUUUCUCUCUCUCUCUCUCUCUCAAAAUAUAUAAACAAAGCAACUGUUAGAAAAUGUCAGUAAGACCGGGUGGUUGAUUAUGGUUUUUAGCAGAAUUGGCUUCAUUUUUGUCUCUGAAAAAUGGCCAGCAUAAAUGCUGUUUAUAUUACAUUUUCCUAGGUGUGUGCGUGCAGGCCACAGCAGCAUGCCCUUGGUGUAGUCAGUGCCGAAGGGAGUCUGUUCCUUCUUGAGCCUGCCCGCAGGGAUGGUCUCCUCUUUUAAAGCAGGUUGCGUACAACUUUCAGUACACUGAAGGUAAGCUAAACCAUCAACAUCACUGGUGUUUAAGAUGUUAAUUGUACUGGGACAACUGACAAAUGAGGGCCAAUAGCUUUGUAGCAGAAUUCCCUGCAUGUUUUAGAAAUGAUCUUGUUUUUGUUUUCUGGCAUUACAACUGUGGCAUAAUCCAAUUUCUGUUUGAUCAUCACAUUCAAAGAAAAAAAAUGGGGGAGUGUGCACUUGAUGGAGAGAGCGCCUUCAGUGUACUGUUUAUUACUUUCAUUUGUUUAAAAAAAAAUCAACUUGCUAUAUAGACUUUAUACCUUUUGUUAAAGACAGUUCACUAUGGCAAGAAACCAAGAUUUGAGAGAAGUUCAUUUACUAACAAAUGCUCAGCUCUGAUUCUAAAAGAAGCUUACUUUCUCAUGGCCAGAUAGAAAGCACCGUAAUUCAAUUUUUAGCUAUUUGUAUGUCAUUUAAAAGUGUACUGCUUUAUGCUGCAGGUGUUUUUCAUUUGUUCAUUGUUUUCAUUCUUUGUGAUCAUGUUGUCUUUCAAUACAGGCAUAAACCUUCCACUCUUGAACAAAGCAGCUGCUUUUUAAAAGCGGUAAUUGCUUCUUUACCUUUUAUUUCUUUUGUAAAUGAAGCUUUCUUUAAGAAAUGUGACUUUAAAGUGUUGUCUCUUGCAUAAAACAGUUGACAUUCACUUAUUGUAAAGUGAAGAUUGUUUUCCUGCAUGUAAAGUGGACCAUGCAGAUUUCUGUAUGUUUUCAGUAUGCAUCAUUAGAUAAUAAAGUCUUUUGUGAACAAGGCAUUGGUAGCCAUUUUUAAAAUGUUUUUGUUUCCAGUGUUGCUGACUCAGGUAUCUAUAAGAAGAACUUUCAUUUUUGAUAGCCCAUUAAUUAUAGCAGUUACUAAAAAAUGUGAUCCUUUAAAAAAGAUACUAGACUCUUAAUUAUCAGCUUUUCACUAUAAAUACUUUCCCCACCCCGAGCAUCCUACAGAUACUAUCUGCUUUCAUUAUAAUUAAAUGUAUUCCUGUGCGUUACUGAAUUGGAAACAGGUUUUAACUAAUGUUUGUGCUGUUUUUCUUACUUUUCCUUUUUGAUGGUGCUGAGAGAGACAAAGGAAGGCAAGUCACAGGCCACUCAACGCCUACUCCAAGGGGUCUGGUUUGCUGAGACACCAACUUCACCUUCCUAACAAGGUGCCGCUCAAAUGAAGAUGAUGGCAACCAGAAGACAUGAACAAAGGUUUCUGUUCUAUAAAAGAUAUGAAAAACAUUCUUCAUCUAGUUAUGUCUGUUCACAGCACACAAAUAUAGGUUUCAUUUACACUUUUUUGCCUUGCUGGCAGUUCUUAGCAUAGUACUGUUGUGGUGUUUCUAUGUAAAAUGUGUCUGUUUCAUUUUUGGGUGGCGUGAUUUUGUUGUGAUAAAAUUGAGAUAGGCAUGGUUUAAUAUUUUUAAACAUUUUAUUAUGCCUUCUAAUUUAUGUAAAAGGCAACCGCACUUGGGCAAAAUAUGCUGAUGGAAUCACUGAUGUACUGCUUAAAAGCAGAUAGAUAGCAAAAGGCAAUAUUUAUUAAUCUGAGAGCAUCGUAUUCUGUAUGCUCUGGCUGCAAAAAUGUUGGUAUUGUUCGGAUGAGUCAGAUGCUAAGAUGCAGGCAGAGAUUAUUCUGAUCUUUGCACUGAAGCUCUAGAUGUGUGUGAACUAGUUCUGUAUAACCCAUCCCAAAUCCUUUCCUGGUAAUCCUGUUUAGACUUCAGUGUUGUGGCUUUCAGAAGGAAAUCAAGCUAAACUUAACAUCUCAAAAUGAAGAUAUGAUUACAUGCAGGUCUGUCAAAUCAAGAAAAAUCCUACUUUUUCAGUUAUGUAGAAGAUUAGGAACACAUGAGUAUGGCUUUCUACUUCUGUUUGUCAUUGUUUUGUACUGCAGUAUAGGUUAACAUGACAAAAAUGAAUAUUUGGGAAUGAUUUUAAUGAAUCUGAAACAGAUUAUUUGUCUUUGCUAAUGACUUGUUUCCCUUCCUGUAUAGGGUAAGUGGCAGAAAACCCCUAUGAAACAUUUGCAUGGCUUGAAGUGUGCUCAAGAAGCAGAUCAGUCUGUGAAAACACAGAAUGCUGAUACCUUUGACUCUGAAAUUGGCAAACUGUUACGUAAAUGUGUGGACCAGUAUCAUGCAAUAGUUGGCUUUAAUGUAUCGGCUUUUACUAUUUAAUUUUUAAAAUGUUAAAAAUGUUUUGAUGAAUAUUAAAUGUUAGAUAACAGUGCAGUAGUACAUUCCUAUAUUGUGUUUCAAGUAUUAUAAUGCUCAGUUACCAUGGAUUGCUCAUUGAUUUAGUAGGCUGGCUCAAAGGGAGACCACCACAACACAGUUAGCAUUGCUCUACAUUCUAAUUUCCCCCAUGAAAGGGCACGUACCCUCAGUUGAGGGAACUCUUGCAUACAAGCUGCACUCUUCCUUCCUUCCUGAAAGCUGUGUUAAUGUACAGUCUUUGCAAUGUACUCAAUCAGAAUUGGGGACAGCCUCUCCCCAGAUGCUACCCUCAUAAAUUGCAGCAGAGAAGAAUCCCUGCUGUUGUUCAGUGAUCAAAAACAACAGGAAUUCCCCUGGAAAGAGGGCAGUGGAGCUAAACCAUCUGUUUUCAGCUGCUACUUGCACUUGCCAGCUGAGUCCCAGAGCUCAGCUGGUGCCUGCCAUAUUAUGCCUUUCUCAUUGCUGGGAACACAGUGAUGUCAUCUGACCAGUGGAGGUCUGCAAGAAAGGAUCCAGCCCAAAUGUGAUUCCCCACUCUAGGUCUAAGAAAAUAUCAAUGUCUGAAAAUAUAUAAGUUAUUAAAUGCAGUGAUGUCACCUGGCCGGUGGAAGUCUGCAAGAGAGGAUCCAGCCCCAGUCCAAACGUGAUUCCCCACUCUAGGUGUAAGAAAAUAUCCGUGUCUGAAAAUAGGUGCUAUAUUAAAUGCAGUCUUAUGGGAGCAUCUGUACCUAUUUAAAACAAGUACAUUUUAGGACAGGUUGAGCUGUCAUCUCAGCAGUAAUGCAUAUUGUCACAAUCUUCCAUUAGUAAAGCUGUCUUUCUACUUCUGUUUUUCUUUAUAAUAAUUAUCAAGCUUUUCCCAUGAAGUAAUUGAAGUUUAUGUAAGUAUUGACUCAUUCAUACUAAAAUUUACUAAUGAUAUGAAAGUCCUACAUAACACUAUCCUAUAUAGCCUAGAAGGAGUUGGAGACACUGUCUUAAAAACACAAUGGUAUUGCAAGAUUAUAUAAAUAUAUAUAUAUAAAUUAACUCCUUUAGACACAGACUCAACAAGAAAAUAAUUUCAGAUACGUACCCCUGUGUGGAUACUUCCCUGUUGAAGAUAAAGCUUAGUGUGUCUGGUAGUGGACUGUAAUUGUUUUGUUUUGUUCUUUUUUAUUUUUAAAGGCAGCCUUCAGCGCUGCUGGUGGCAUCAGGUGAGGGUAGGUGACUAUAAUGCUAACCUGCACAUCUGCUUGGGCAGCUGUGGGAGUUGUAGUCAGCUGGAGGGGGACCAGGUUGAGGAAAGCUUCUUUAAAGAGCCACAAGUCUGUUUGUUCUAUCUUAGUGAUUUUUAUUCUUCUGCUCAUCAAAAGAAGCAAAAUGUAGAUAAAAUAUAUUUUAGAAGGCUGUGAAAAUAUCCAAAUGCAUUCAGAGGUUUAGAAUUGCUCCUGUAUGGUGUUAGUGUUUCAUCAUCCUAAAGAAGUUAGAUACUUACUCAGUAAAAGUCACUUAAUGUGGAAGUACAUAAACUUUUCUUUGCUGUAAACUCUUCACACAAAGAACAUGUAACAAAAGUUGACCUUUAAUGAUCAGUGCUCUUUAACACAAACACCAUCCUUCUUUUGUGCUAUUGAUCUCAGUGUCUGUUAUAAAUAUUACUGUGUUUUGUGAAAUAAAUGCCCAGUGAUCGUUUAAA